UAUAGACACGCAGAAGAUCCGAGAAUUUACAAACAAAAAUAUUUGGAAUACGCAUUCGCACGUGCAAAACUUCCAACAUUUUGAAAUAAUUGUUCUGUUUUUUUUGUCUCCUGAUCGAUAAUCGUCGUCGUCGUCGUCGUUGUUAUCGUAAGAAUGGCGACGAAUAUAGGGAUGAUGGAUAGUGCAUAUUUUGUGGGGAGGAAUGAGAUUCUUGCAUGGGUCAACGCCAGGCUUCAGCUUAAUCUCUCCCGCGUUGAAGAGGCUGCAUCCGGAGCUAUACAAUGUCAGAUGAUGGACAUGACUUAUCCGGGAGUUGUUCCGAUGCACAAGGUGAACUUCGACGCCAAGACCGAAUACGAUUUCAUCCAGAAUUACAAAGUUCUUCAAGAGGUUUUCAACAAACUCAAAAUCGACAAGCAUAUCGAGGUCAACAAGCUUGUCAAAGGGAGACCGUUAGACAACUUGGAGUUUCUACAAUGGCUUAAACGCUAUUGCGAUUCUGUAAACGGCGGCCUAAUGAACGAGAACUACAAUCCUAUGGAGAGGAGAACUAAAGGUGGAAACGGGAGAAAUAAUAUCAAAGUUUCUCAAAAGAACUCAAAGUCUUUACAAUCAAACAACUCCGGCUCGUGUGACGACAUUUCUUGAAUUUCAGGCACGAAACAGGGGAAAUCGGGUAGUGUAACUUCGGGGGCCAAUUCAUCAAUGGAGAUUCAAGCACUCACAAGUGAGGUAUCAGAUCUCAAGCUAUCGGUUGACCAGUUGGAAAACGAAAGAGACUUCUACUUUGCAAAGUUACGUGACAUCGAAGUACUUUGUCAGGCACCCGAGUUAGACGAUGUUCCGAUAGCGAUGGCGAUCAAGAAGAUAUUGUAUGCUGCUGACGAGAAAGAGUCUACACUCGCUGAAGCUCAAGAAAUCGUGUCACAAUCUGUCAAUGAUGAAUUUUCUGCUCAUGACUGA